AUGUCUAAAUUUCCCUCCAAAGUUACUAAAAGAAGCUGCGAUCGAUGGGAUUUCCCUUUCAAACAUGAUAUAGAGAACAGCAGGAAUAUGCAAAAGAAUUUAUUUUUUUCACCUCCAAUUGCAGUUGUUGAAGGCGAACAACAAGAUAAAGAAACCAAAAAACGUAGGCGUCAAUUGAAAGUCAAAUCUAUAAAUCAAUUACAACAAGAAUAUAAAGAAUUUGUUCGCGUUUAUCAAAAGGAAGUUGAUAAAUAUCAUAACUUAGAAUCACAGAGAGAGAAAAUACAACAAGAAAUAGAAGAAUUGCAAGAAGAAAUUAAAGUCCUAACAGUUGAAAAUCAACAAGUAGAAGAAGAAUAUCGCCGUUUGAAACCACAAUAA